UACGUACGUAUGUGUAGGCGUCCUUCUACUUUCAGGAAACUCGUCGGCGAAAAAACAAGAAGGCGGUUGGUAGUCUAGCUAUCUGUGUUACAAGGAAGAUUCGUGGCUAAAUCAACGGUUGCUUGUCUUGUGACUUGUGCUGAACUUGAGCAACAGAAAUGGAGGAGACUGGGGGAGUUGGUGGCGCUAGUGCGUACGGAGCUUCGCUCGCAGGCGGUAGCUUCGACUUUCAGAAGUUUGCUAAACAACCGUACACUAUCGUGCGCUUCUUGAGUUGGAUUUUUUCCAUCGUGGUCUUCUCUUGCAUCACGGCGGAGGGAUUUGUCAACAAGCCACACAAACCCGAGGCGCAUUGCGUCUUCAACCAGAAUGACUCGGCGUGUCACUACGCUGUGGGCAUCGGUGUCAUAGCCUUCCUGGCCUGUUUUUUCUUCCUCUUAUUGGACGCCUACAUGCCGCUGAUGAGCAACGCAAAAGAGAGGAAGUACGCUGUCAUGGCCGACCUGGGAUUCUCAGGUGUGUGGACGUUCCUGUGGUUCGUGUGUUUCUGCCUCCUGGCUAGCCAAUGGAGUCAUACGCUUGAUGUCAGAGGAAUCCCCCAGGACGCCGCCCGCGCCACUAUCGCCUUCUCUUUCUUCUCUAUUGCCACCUGGGGAAUCCUAACCUACUUCGCUUUGGGGAGAUAUCGCCGUGGUGUUGCUGAUGUCACCCAGAGCAUCUACGCCGAGCCUCCGCCGGAGCAGCACACCCCUUACCCUCCGACCUAUGCCCCCUCGGCCUACACCCCCACCACCUACUCCCCGUACCCUUCCAGUGCGCCAGACGACUUCCAACAACCCCCCUUCACCCCCAGCACCAUCACCUCCACCCAACCCCAGGGGGACUACCAACCCCCCAACUACUGAGGGGCUCCGCGGUGAAGUUUCCCCUAGGUACAGAUCUAGGAUCAGCUUCACUUCCCCCAUUCCUAACCUUAACCAUUAGUGGGGGAAAUGCAAAACUGACCCAAGAUCAGCAUCUAGGCCAAGGGGCAAUUUCACCAUACUAUUACUGGGAUAGAAGUAUGGAGAAAGGAGGUGGAAGCUCCUUAUCACCAGACCUGGGUUCAAAUACUAUUUGAAAUAUUUGUUUUGCUUUUGUCUGUCUGCAGUGCAAGGUAGGUGGAGUUUGCACUCUGUCAACUUUUAUAUUGGUUUAAUUUGCAACAGGGAAACUGGAUGAAAGCACAGACCGAUAAAGUAUUUGAAAUGGUUUUAAAUAGUGUUUGAACACAGGUCUGCUUACUACUAAUUCAGUGGAUGAUGUGGUUAAAGGGAGACUUCUACCCUGAGACGGGUGCAGCUGAGGGGGAGGGGCAAUAGUCAGAGCCUGGUCACAUGACACUGGAGCUCACAUGAUUUGGGAUAUGUGAAAAACGGCCAAUGAGAGCUCUCGUGGGAGGGGCAAGUACUUGCUUUAGCUAAUCGGUGUGCUUGACCUCCCCCCUCUCUGUUCAGAACUCUAGUCCCCUGCUUCUGUGUUCCAGAAGGAAGGAGAAUGUGUAUCUGUCAGAGGAGGUUGGUGGGAUGCGCUAUAGGAGGACUUCCUUAUUGUAAUGGCUGGAAUGGAAUAAAUGGAACGGUAUCAAACAUGGAAACCACAUGCUUGACUCGGUUCCGUUUAUUUCAUUCCAGCCAUUAGUGAGCCAGUCCUCCUAUAGCUUUCUCCCACCAACCGCCUCUGGUGUCUGUACAUACUAGAUAUUCAUAGUCGAACCGCCAAUUCUUUGAAUGGCUGUAGUGUCUUUUUUUUUAAACAUUUUAUCUUUUUGUUUUCAAUUUAGCACAAUUAUAUUGAUGAUGACAUGCAAGCACAAUGUUUUAUUCAAUGUCAAAAAAGUAUGUUUAUUUAAUUGACCAGUGUAUCAUGAGACUACUGAAUUCUACAGGAUAAGCCAAUUAUAAGCCAAAUGCCCAAGAAAGCCUUAUUAUUAAUGUCCUAUGCAAACUGCUGGGUUUUUGCCCCACUUCAGGAGCCGUAGACAGACUUUGUCUGUGUCCCAAAUGGCACCCAAUUCCCUUUAUAGUGGACUACUUUUGACCAGGACCCAUAAGGCUCUGGUUAAAAGUAGUGCACUAUAUAUAGGGAAUAGGGUGUCAUUUAGGAUGCAGUAUACAAGUCCUUUUUCGUAACUCUUUAACCCUGUCUAUCUGAUAACAGUCAAGAUAAAGCCAUAAAAAGCUUAAAGAAAAAAAACACAUUAAACCACACGUUAAACCGCCCGUUGUAAACACAAGGCAUGUUUGCUCAACUGAUCUGUGUAAUAUGCAUGUUCCUAUCUAGUCAUUAUGUAUUGAUUGAGUUUUCAGUCAUCUUUCAUAUGUCUACUGUCCACAAAAACUAUAGCAACUGGAUGGGUGGAAACCAGGCUGUAACCAGGAGAUAAAUUAGUCCCAAUUCUCCAUCCUUCUCCCAAAGCAUGCACUGCACUGGCCUACUUUUUCCCCCUAUGGCUUUGACAAUGGUGGAAACUCCCUCCAGCCAAUCCUUACACCAGUGCUAUGCUUUUAGAACCAUGUGCACUGGGAAAGGGUGGAGAAUGGGAACAUAAGUCUUCCACUGCCGCUAGAUAAAGCCAUCUAUGGUUUGUAUUACUUAGUGGGUUUCCUAUCAGUCUUUCUGAGUCUGAGACCACUCCCUGCUUUGUACUACUAAAGGUAAAAGUACAGUAAUUCAUGAAUAAAUCCUCUUACUGCCAAGACUGACUUCAGGAACCUCAGUGCAGCAGCUGGGUCAUGUUCAUUAGGCACCAAAAUGGAAGAAAAACCGUCUAUAUAUGAACAUUAACAAACACACAAUUACCGAACUUCAGAAGCUAUUUUGAAUACAUGUUCUUGGUCCUAGAGUCAUUAAAUGUUCAGAGUACAUUGAGGGGAGUUACUGCUUUCAAAACAAGUAAAACAGUUGGAAGGUUUUCAUCAGGCAAAUGCUUAGUUUGUUUUUCCAUUGCAAAAAGUUUUGCUGUGGUGUGCAGUAAUGAACACGACCAAGGGCUGCGGCUGUAUAGCUCCUGUCCACCAAGGUCCAAGUGUGCUUUGGCACUUCAUAGAUUACUACUUCAAACCAUCUGACUGACUUUAAAUGUAAAUCAUACAGGACUAACUUAAGCACUUGAUAACAAUACAAUACUUGGGAUUUCAUCAAUUGCUUCUUUAAAGUGGCAAUCUGCAGAUACAUUUUUGGAUGUAUUAAUGAUAUGUACCAAUUGAUUCUUGAAGAAUAGAACUUAGAAAUGCCUCAUGAGGUUAGUUCAACUGUUGUACCCCAUCAGAACCCAAAAUGCUAAGCUUGUUUUACUCCAAUGUUUGUAAACAAAGUAAAUGUAAACAAACCCUAUUUAGCCUCAACAUGGUUAACUAUCAUUUUGAUACCAUGGAUGGUCAGUCCUCGUAUCCAUAACUCUAUGAGUUUGAGCCCCAUCCCUCAGCUUUUUACCGAAACAGGUGGGGAGACGAUUUGUUAUUGUUUCAACUGCUGAUUGGCGCAUUAAAGGAGAAGACUGAAAACAGCAGACGAAGAAUGGCUUCUAUGUAAAUGUUAUGCACUUCUCCUUAACAAGAACCCUGGUAUACUUUGUUGACGGUGCCUUAGACUUACUGUAUGUAAUGUUGACACCAUGGUGACCUUGAGUCCACCAUAGACAAGCAUAUAUGUACAUAUUCACAUAUAGGUAGGUAAAUGUAGACACACACAUAAAUAAGUUGUGUUUAUAUAAAUCAUUGGAGUCCACUUGGUCAAAGGGAAGACCUCAUUGGUUGUGUCCAAAAUGUCACCCUAUUCCCUAUAUAGUGCACUACACUAUAUGGGCCCUAGUCUAAAGUUGUGCACUACAUAGGGAUUAUAGUGCCAUUUGGGGCACAGGGUGUAUUUAUUAAAUGUGAGUGAUGCUACUUUGCUAGGCUAGUAGUGGAAACAUUGUGGGAGGGUGGAAACGCUCCCUCGGUAUUUAUAUGUAUACAGGACAGUGGAGGCUGCUGAGGGGAGGACGGCUCAUAUUGUCUGGAAUGGAAUGGUAUCAGACACGUGGUUGUCUCAUGUUUGAUUCCAUUCCAGACAAUAUUAUGAGCCGUCCUCCCCUCAACAGCCUCCACUGAUAGUGUCACCAACCAUUUCAACUUUUCCGCUAGUGCCUGUGUAGUGUCCUUCCUACAGAAGGCUCAAACGCGAUGGCGUAUACACUCUCUUUGCCCAAUCAACCUCCUCAAACUGUCCAUAUAUUUACAUUAUAAAACCUUGAACAAAUUCAUUUCAAGUCAUGAUGGCACGCACUUGAGCAAAAACUGAAGGGCAUAUUCAGGAUUAUCAAACUGUUGCCUUGUGUUCAUAAAUGUCAGCAGAUGUGUAUGGGAGAUGAGUGACGUUGCAAUUUGUUGUUUGCAAUCCUGAACAUACCCCCUAGACGUCCAGCUUGGCCUAGUAAGGGAGCGUCUACACAGGCAGCCCAAUUCUGAUCUUUUGACCAGUGAGAUCAGAUCUUUUGCCAAUAAUUGGGCAAAAGAUCAGAAUUGGGCUGCCUGCAUAAAUGCAACCUUACUGUUCAAAUGAAACCUCACCUGUUAGCAACCUUUAUCUAUGAUUGAUAACCAAGAGUUCUGUAUGUGAUUUGUAGUUUAGUAUUGGGACUGAGUUAAUUGAUUGCAUUUUGUUUUCUGUAGUUGUAGGGGUGAUGUGUAUAUUUCACUUUUUGUCCAUUGUUUUGUGUUACAUCAUUGGUUAUGUGACUGAUUUACCAUUUGAUCUCCACCACAGAUCUAAAUGAAAGUGUAGAUUUGAGUUUCUCACUUAUUUUACAUUUAUGAAGUUCAUUUGCAAAUUCUGUGUCACACUUCCUUAUAGCUUUAAUGCACCAGAAACCUGUUAGUUCAGUUGUGUUCUAUUGAAUCCAUUGUUGUAUAAUUAGGAAGUGCCUUUCAACAGCAGCCAUGUUUGUGAUGUCACAACGUUCUAAUUCAAUUUCUGUUCUGUCUAAAUGAUGUGUGUGUCUGCGUGGGGCAGAAUAAAAUCUGCCUUGAAAAGCCAA